UGCCAAUAAAAGCGAUAAAGCGCAUUAAUGUGAAAACCAAUAUGCACAAUUCAAAAGACCAUAUUAAAGAUCGGUGUAUUAACCUCUUUCUGAUUAGUUGGGAGCGUGGAGACCAAUCUGAGCUCCGAAAGGAGAACAUUUGGGAAUUACCUGAAAGGACUGGUUUAGGAAGAGCGCUUUAUGUCUGUAUUUCGAUGAUGUAUGUGGUGGGGGUGGAGUAGAAGCAGCAACAGAUGAGAAAAAAGUUGAAGAGCAGAAGAAAGAAAAGGAGGGUUGGGUGAGAAUGCACAACGUGCUUUGACAGCUAGGUCUAAACAUAGGAAGGUGGAAAACUGUUUUAUGUUGAGUCAGACCAUGGGUCCAACUUGCUGAAUAUUGUUGACACGGGUACUGUGUUGCAUCAGCGGUCUUGGAUGUCAGACAGGAAUUUUUCCUGUCCUACCUGGUGAUGCUUGGGAUUGAAACUGCGAUGUGCUCUCAAUUAACCUAAAAUCAUAUCAAGGGGCAGAUCUAUGAAUCAUUGUAUGCUGCACAUUCUAGUUAAAUCCAGUCUGGUAAUGACGACUGGGUGUGGACAACUGGGUGAUUUGCUUUAGGGAAAUUUGGAUGUCUUUUGGUGUGUUGCAUUGGAGACCUUCACACUGGAUCUCUGGAAGGGUGGGAGGAACAGAGUUUUGGUUGGGCAGAGUGUGCACGUCUUUGGUAGAUUUCAUUUGCUCAAGCAGGUGUUCCGUGAACAUAAAGUUAUAAUUAUUGGCUUGGACAAUGCUGGAAAAACCACCAUUUUGUACCAGUUCUUAAUGAAUGAGGUUGUGCACACAUCCCCCACGAUCGGCAGCAAUGUGGAAGAAAUCACCCUGCGCAAGACACACUUCCUGAUGUGGGACAUCGGUGGGCAGGAAACACUGAGGUCUACUUGGAACAGUUACUAUUCCAACACAGAGUUCGUCAUUCUUGUGAUUGACAGCACAGACCGUGAGAGGCUGACAGUGACAAAAGAGGAACUGUACAAGAUGUUAGCUCAUGAGGACCUACGUCACGCAGCUGUGUUGAUAUUUGCCAACAAGCAAGAUGUCAAAAAUUCCAUGUCUGCCUCUGAAAUCUCAAACUUCCUCACCCUGAGCUCUAUCAAAGACCAUCCAUGGCAUAUUCAAGGAUGUUGUGCACUCACAGGAGAGGGCCUUCCAGCUGGUUUAGAAUGGAUGAUUUCUCGAGCUGCAGCCAAAUGACAUCAGCCAAAAUCACCACAGGAAGGAGAGAAGAAAGAAAACCUCAUGUGUAUUUAUUUCCACUUUGCAAAACUCUCAGGACUUGUUGGACCUUGAUAGGAUUUCUUCUUUCUGAUACCAUCAGAACAUGAUUUUAUACAUUUCUCAGAACCACGGACUACUGUAGCAGGUGAUACUAGAAUUGUGCCUACAGAGAGAAGGAAUGGGAGAUACAUCGUGGAUCAGAUCUUUGCCAUACAGGCAAGGGACCGUACGUCACACCAUUGCCUAGGGAAGCAAUAAUUGCAGAGCAGGCUUUGCACCUUUCCUAACAGAACAGCACAACACACCUUUACAAUGUCAGCCUUAAAAGAAGCAAGAAAAUGCUCCUGAACCUCCCUACUGCCCGCAGCCAAAAUAACAUGCUUUGCAUUAUCACCGUGCGAUCACAACUCAGUGUGGUUCAGUGUACUUUGACCUUUUUCUCUGGCCUCUGAGCGUCUUUCCAAGUUGAGAAUUUGCUCGAGAGACUUCUGUGGCUAAAAUGUAUAGUCUAUCCUCCUCCUUUGAAGAAUUGCUCCCAUUGCUUUAUAUAUAGUCCAUGACAGAAUAGUUGGAGUGCUGCUUUACCCUUUGGCGUGUCCCUUCCAGCCCCUUUUGAGCAGAGUUCUGACUUUUUUUUAGUGUCUGACCUGCUAAUAUCAGGAAAGUCUUCUCAGCUGCUGUUUUUGGAUGGCUCCUUUUAACGUGUCAAGGCAAUUCUGAGACAAGAAGUCCAAAGGAGGCUGUGGUGCACAAGAAAAACAGUUUCUGUGAGAGCAAUGGCAUUGCCAUAUGGGAAGCAAGCUUUAUCCCCCAUACUGAAUUUUUCUCCCUUUCUUUGGUAGACGAAGGCAAACUUGUCUUUAAAUGCUAUGCAGACUUCUGGAGAAUUUUAAAAGAAUGGAGAGCUGAGCUGUAAUUGUUACCCAAGUCUCACAUAUCACUUCUUAAUCCUGCAUGAAAAUUUACAGCACACCUUUGCAAACCCCUUAGGUUGGGGGGGGGCAAAACUAGACAUAAUGUUGCUUGCCCUGAAAAAACAGUAUUUAAUGUCCAUGUUGUGUUUUGGUUUAAUGACAUUAGUUUGGUGCUAUGGGUCUGCACUUACGCACAGCAGAAUCAGUAAUGAAUUGGACUGUAUCACUUUGAACUACAGGUGAAGGAGCAUUAAAAAGUUGCAUCCGUCAUAUUAAAACAACUGACCUCUUUGCAAACAGAAGAAUGGACACUAGAGAGGAAAGUCCUUUGCCAGGUGUACUAGCUUUCUAUUUGCAUGGAGUUCUGCAUGUGGACUAGCAUUCACAUAUGUGUUUCCCCACACAGCACAAAAGUAGUGCAGUCCAUUCUAGCACCUCACAAUGUGGUCCUUGCGUUGCUGUACGCUUACACCAAGACAUUGGGAGGAAAUGGCGCAAUGCUUCUACUUUUCAAACGUGGGACCAAUAUCCGCUUUUUGUAAGCGCUCAGAUAAAAUUACAGGGAUAUGUGCUUUGUUACUUAUUACAAAGUACACUCUGCUGUCUUUAAACAAAAAUGGCUUCCUUCUCCCACAUCUAAGAGUUCUCUCAUUGUGGGGGAUUUUUUAAAUAUUUCCAAACAUGGCCUGUUUGGAGUCUUUUAAUUAAAAUGUUGCCUUAUUAAA